AUUGUGAAGAAGUACGCGUCCGUAAGCCAGCAAGAGGACGGCGAUGUUGAGGAAGGACGGUGCAGGCUCUUUAGUGUCUACAAAGUGACAUGGCUUCUUAAAUACCGAAAAUGUCUUUCAAACUUCCUAUUUAUCAAGCUUAAAUGUUUUUCCACAGAUUUGUUUGAGAUAAAAUCUUCUCUUAGCUAUCCCUUCAUUCAGAUGCGGUGCCGUCGACUUAUCACCUUCUCCUCAUUACCAGCAUUAGUAUGGUCGCUGUCGUGCUAUAUUUGUGGCGACAACAACCUCGAAGAAUUCGAAGAGUGCUCGACGCAGUUCCAGUAUGACUGCCAGAGUUACUCCUUGAGAUUUCCUCGCGAUGAAACCAUCUAUUGUCGAACAACCAGACACAAAGCUCCAAACAACACUUACACUGUUAUGAAGGAAUGCAUCUCUGAGCAGGAUCACUAUCGCACCUUUCCCGGUAAGGGUUAUACGAUCGAGGAGGAAUGCGACCUUGCAGAAGUGAAUGGAGAAGAGGACCUGACGAACCACAGUAGGCACAUUUCACUGCUAUCUGUCUGCUAUAAGAACAUUUCUGACAUAUGUAAAAGUCCAUUGCAGAAGAAUCCUGAGCUUUUUGGAGACAUCGACCUUGAACGGAGCGGUACGGCACAUAGCAGUGCUAAUGACGCGAUGCCGAUAGCACAAUCUUCUUCCAAGGUUGAUUUCGCUGCACCCUCGCUGCCUCUUCCACCUAUUAUUCCUGUAAACGAUCCCAGAACAGAGAAAAAGAAAGAGAAAGAGGAAAAUUGGCAGAAUAUUCGAGAUAAGAUUCAAGUGAAGUCAAAGUUGAUUCGUGUGCAAAUCCAAUGUACUGGAGAGCGACAUGAAACUUUGUCACGUGGCCAAGGGAAUUUCAUCGGAAAUACAGGAAUAAAUCACCAUGUUGUGGCCGUUACAGCACCUCUUCCUGCGCGAGAACUGCAAGCAGUGUCCACAGGACUGAGGUGUUCGCAGUGCGGAGAGUCUGAUCUACACUCAGAGGAUUCUGACUGCAAUCGACAAGUUGUCGUUGACUGUCAAGAGUCGGAUCCCGUCUGCUUCACUAGGCAAACACUUCUCGGACGAGGUCAAGCUGCUGUCGAGAAAAUGUGCGUGUCGUGGCAAGCCGUGAAGGCAGAGUUCCCGACGUCCACAAUGAAUUCGUGCGGGGAAACCAGUCAGGGCAGAGUACGCUAUUGCACGUGCAGCGCCAACCAAUGCAAUUCUGUAGCAAUUUCAUCACAGGUUGCUCAAUACACUAAGACGGAAGCGUUGCCACCGGUUGUGAAAAUACAGCCACCAGCAUCGCUACCUCCUCCAGGUGUUCCCGAAAUGCCUGCAAAGAGCUCGUCGGCGGCGGGAGAGCUCUCUAUUCAACAUCACCAUGGGGCACCAAUACCCGAGCAUACAAAGCUUCCAACUGAUACUAUAUUGUCUCGAGAAUACUUUUUGAGGGGUAAGGAGUCACUGUCGGAUGUGCUGCCAAUUGUACCGACAGCUCCCAGCGGCAAAUCUGCACCAGAACUGUCGGCGUUGAGAUGUGCGGUAUGCCUGGAGUCCGGGAUGUCCGAUCCGACGACCGACUGCUCCACGAGCGCGCCGGCUCUCUGUUCCGCUAUCGAGACGUUCUGCCUCACCAGGCAGACGCAGCACGAGGACGCAACCUUCACUAUGGAGAAACGAUGUGUCUCGGAGGCGCAAGCGGAAUCGUUUGUGGAGUCAUCGGAUGUUCGAAGUGGUUGUGCAACUGCUAAUGGCGGCCUUAUCAACUACUGUCUUUGUCAAGGAGAUUUGUGCAACCAUGACGCUCUACUAGCCCAAGCGCAAAUUUCAGGCGUGAGGAUUCCGGAAACCCAGCCAAAGCCUGCGCCUCCAGCAUUCCAAGAGAUGCCGAGAACAAGCGAACCGCCUAAACUGCCUUCUACUGAUGUUCCAUUUAUUUUUGUCGACGAUGAUGAAGCCCCACAUAUGGAAACCUCCCCCACUCCUGAAAUAAGGUACUGUUUUGUGUGGGCGUUUCACAAUAGCUCUUCCACAAACUGA